AUGCCAAAUUAUGUUAAGUUCUUAAAGGAUAUCUUGACGAAGAAAAAGAGAUUGGGGGAGUUUGAGACUGUAGCUCUUACAGAGGGUUGCAGUGCUAUGUUGAAAAGUAAGAUCCCUCCUAAGUUGAAAGACCCUGGUAGUUUUACGAUUCCGUGUUCUAUUGGAGGUCGGGAUGUUGGAAGAGCAUUAUGUGAUUUGGGCGCGAGCAUUAACCUCAUGCCAAUGUCUAUCUUUAAGAAGCUGGGUAUUGGUGAAGCACGACCUACGACUGUUACAUUGCAGCUUGCCGAUAGAUCCAUGGCUCAUCCCGAGGGAAAAAUAGAGGAUGUUCUAAUACAAGUUGAUAAGUUUAUUUUUCCGGCCGACUUUAUCAUCCUAGACUAUGAAGCGGAUAGAGAAGUGCCCAUUAUAUUGGGUCGGCCAUUUCUUGCCACGGGGCGUACUCUCAUUGAUGUGCAGAAUGGGGAACUUACUAUGCGAGUUAAUGACCAGCAAGUCACUUUUAGUGUGUUCAAAGCAAUGAAGUUUCCUGAUGAAGUUGAAGAGUGUUCAAAAAUUGAUGUGAUUGACACUCUGGUAGCUGAAAGACUUAACAAAAGUGUGGAAAAAACUGCAAUGGGUACUCAGAUUCUUGAAGACUUUGAGGAUUCUAGUAGUGAGGAAGAGCAGAUAAUUACUUUGGUGGAUUCUUAUAAACCAGCGAAAAAAUUCAACAAAAUUUUUGUGGCUUUGAAUCUGCCAGAAAAGCACUUCCAGCCACCAAAACCGUCUGUUGAAGAGCCACCCCAGCUAGAGUUAAAGCCGCUGCCCAGCCACUUGAAGUAUGUGUACUUGGGUGAAAAUGACACACUGCCUGUAAUAAUUUCUUCCUGCCUGGAGCCUAUUCUGAAGAGUCAUUGCUGA